UUUAUUAUCUUUUUUUUUUCUCUCUAAAUAGUUAUUACAAAAUGGAAAUUUGCCUUGUUAGGGAAGGUAGAUUGAAAAAAAAUAAUAAUAAUAAAUAAAUAAAUGAAUAAAGAAAGAAAAGUCAGAAGCUUUCCAUGGAAAAACCAAACGGCCAUAUGACGGAAACCGUUAUCGUAGCUUUCCCAAUUUUCUUACCCCUCAUAAGCAGCUGAUUGGCGAUGAGGAUUUGGGUGUGAGGAUCUCUGUGUUUAUGUUUGUGGAUUCAAAAGCUAUUCUUCAAAAGGCUGGAUCAGAAAAUUUCCUUUCUGUUUUUGGUUAUGUUGAUUGUGGAACUGGAAUAUUGAAAUUAGAAGUAUGGGGCUUUGAUUAGCUUGGGAUUGUAUGAAAGGGGGUUUGUUGAUUUGGGGUUGUGUUAUUUGAGGUUCUUUUGUUGAAAUUGGUGAGCAUUUGGGAAACUUUUUUUUUUUUUUCUUUUUUUUUCCUUUUUUAUCGAAGUGAGAGGAAUACUCAGAAAAGAAAAAGAGGAUAAAAAGGGUAACAAAUGGGUGAGGAUUUACUUACAAGCCUAUCUAUGGAGAAUCACCACCCAUCCACACUUCUGUCCAUGGACUCAAGUGCCGUUUCUCAUGAAGAAUUGGAUAGAGAGAUGAGCCGGCCGAUUGUGUUGUCUCGACCACCGGAUAUCAAUCUCCCCUUAUCUGCUGAGCGUAGUUCUCCUCCACAUUUGUGGAAUUCAGACCCUUUUGAUAUGUUGGAUGUUGGUCUUGGAGCUCAAAUUAAUGACUCUGAGGUACACCAUCUGCCAAAGAACGGUCGAAAAUGCAGUAAAAGGUUGGAUAGUGUUUGGGGUGCCUGGUUUUUCUUUAGUUAUUAUUUUAAGCCUGUUCUAAAUGAGAAAUCGAAAACCAAGAUCAUUCGAGAUUCUAAUGGGGUUUCGGGGUUUGAUAAGUCAGAUCUUGUGCUUGAGGUGUUCUUGGUUCAGCAUGAUAUGGAGAAUAUGUACAUGUGGGUGUUUAAGGAGAGGCCUGAGAAUGCGUUGGGUAAGAUGCAGUUGAGGAGCUACAUGAACGGACACUCACGCCAGGGAGAACGUCCAUUUCCAUUCAGUGUUGACAGGGGGUUCGUCCGGUCGCACAGGAUGCAGCGGAAGCAUUAUAGGGGCCUCUCCAAUCCUCAGUGCGUACAUGGGCUUGAGGUUGUUUGUUCACCCAAUCUCAACGGUCUAAACGAGGAAGAGCAGAAAAGAUGGAUGGAACUUACAGGCAGGGAUCUGAACUUCUCAGUCCCACCGGAAGCAAUUGAGUUUUGUUCAUGGAGAAACCUUACUAACACUGAAUUUGAGCUUGAGAGACCCAUUCCUUUAUUGAAGACCAACACACAUUCUCAUUCAAAGAAAUUACUUAAUGGUCCUAGUCUCAAUCUGUCAACUCGGCCAUCAAAUCAUGCUAAUGGUGGUGGAAUGGACAUCUCAGCUCUUUGCCACAAGAGGAAGAAAGAUUUGUUUCUGCAUGGCAAUGAUGAAGACUGUUGUUUGCUCAUGAAUCCACCUAAUGGUAGAGUGCAAGAUACAGAAAUACACCCAAUAGAACAACCAUGGUUAAACGAGUUUAGUGGGGUUAUGCGAAAUUUAUAUGGGCCCGUCACAGCUGCAAAAACUAUUUAUGAGGAUGAAAAGGGAUAUUUGAUAAUAAUAAGCUUGCCUUUCAUUGACCUUAAAAGGGUUAAAGUUACUUGGUGGAAUACUCUCACACAUGGUGUGGUCAAGAUAUCAUGUGUGAGUACAGCCUGCAUGCCUUAUGUCAAGAGAAAUGAUAGAACUUUCAAGCUUACCGAUCCUUCUCCUGAGCAUUGCCCCGCCGGAGAAUUCAGAAGGGAAAUUCCAUUACCUGCUCGUAUUCCAGAUGAUGCUAAGCUAGAAGCAUAUGGUGAUGAAACAGGUACGGGUCUUGAGAUCAUGGUUCCAAAGCACCGUGUAGGGCCAGAGGAGCAUGAAGUUCGUGUCUGCCUACGACCUCACCUCGAAGUCAAUGAGCUGCUGUUGUCUUGAAUGAGAUAAUAUAUACGCUGAAGAAUUGUAACAAUCAAGUUCUAAAUUAGUUUGUAUUAAGGAAAGAAUUCUUCCAUUCAUGAAGUAAAAUUACAUUUUUUUGAUCUUAGCCACUGUAAGUAACUGUUCUGGUACAUGUACGCUUGAAUGGUUCUUUUUGUGGAUUACUACAGUUGAAGUAGUAGGGUUAGUAGUAAAGAUCCUGUUGCUUCAGUGAUUGUUACAGGAUGUUGAUUUUCUUAAUAGAAAAUUAUCGGUAUGAAAUGGAUCGAUUUACGUUUA